CAAGACAACAUCCUCAACCUUCUUUCACACUCCUCCCUAUCGUACCCCCACCAUGGCUCUCCCGGGUGUUGAGCAGACGAUCCACCGAGAUCCAGCGCUCUUCUACUGGAUCCUGCUCCCUAUCACCAUUGUAAUGAUCCUCACCGGCGUCCUACGACACUACGCAACCGUCCUGCUCCAUACUCCUCCCAAGCCGCCCACCUCGCUCCUCGAGUCCCGCGAACGCCAAUCGCUCUUCCGCGCCAUCAACCUGCGCAACAAUGCUAAUGCCGCACUCACAACUCCGGCCUUCACAUCCCGCAAGGAAUACUUGAUUGACUCGUUCAAAAAGGGUUCCUUCCUGCGCGGGGGGCCUGAGUCUCGUGGCCAGGCAGCACCGAACCCAAUGUCCGACCCUGCUGCAAUGGAAGGCAUGAUGGGUAUGAUGAAAGGCAAUAUGGCUAUGAUGAUUCCACAGACGCUCAUCAUGUCCUGGAUUAACGCAUUCUUUGCAGGAUUCGUCAUCCUCAAGCUGCCAUUUCCCUUGACCAUCCGGUUCAAGAGCAUGCUCCAGUCCGGCGUCAUGACGCGAGACCUGGAUGUGCGCUGGGUGAGCAGUUUGUCGUGGUACUUCCUGUGUCUGUUCGGGCUGCAGAGUGUCUUCAUUUUCAUUCUGGGCAACGAAAACGCCGCAAGUCAAAUGGCACAGCAGAUGGCGCAGAUGAAUCCGGGGGCUAAUGCGAAUCCCUUUGGGCCUGGACAGGAUCCGGAUAAGAUGUAUCUGGCUGAGGCAGAGAAUUUGGAGGUACUGGAGCAUUGGAGUAUUUUGGAUGAGGCGGAGGACAGGCUGUUGAAGAUCUAUGGGAGCUAGCUGGCAUGAUGCAGAAGGUAUGUCAUCUUGAGGACGUUCGAAUGCUGGACGUGGGAGUUGCUUCCGAGGAAUGAGGGAGGGCUAUUAAAACACUCCUACUCCGAACAAGCAAGGCCAAGACAAUACCGCAACCCCGUACAUCUCGAACUGGUCGGGCUUGGAUCUGGUCAUUCCGAAGCAGAGAGAACCGCCUCGGACAUGGUCGUGGACCACCAGCAUUAGCAAGACCGAGACAGCAGCUUCCCCUGCCGAGGCGCGCCAUUCUAGAGCUCUGCGACUUCAAGCGACAAGGAGUGAGCUCCGAGUUCUCUCGCGCUCAUCGAGAGCCCGGAGCGACCGUGCGUGCCAGCAAACGCAACCUAUCUAAACUCGAGGUCCAUCAGACAAUCGACAUCACUGGAAGCGACAAUGCAGAGAUGCCUUCGAUGUGCCUAGGAAAUAGCCUACCAGGCUUCUACCAGGAUGCAUAUCAGGGACCAAUCCAAGCCCACAGGUACAUGCACAAUAAUAUCUUCC